AUGGAACAUACAAUUGGCAAUCUUGGCCAAGAGAUAUGGCAACCAUCAGACCCAUUUUCCAACCUCACACAGCAGGGAAUCCACCAUUGCCAAGUGAAUGUGCUCAAGGCUAUGCUACCUCAUCUCGACCCUCCUGAAAAUGACAACCCACAUGCAUCUGCUGACCUCCAUAAUGGCUAUGUCCUCCUUGCCAAACAUGACAAGUGUCUCAUCACUCUUCAAGGAGCAGAGGCCCAAAUUAUCUCAGAGUAUCUCAGAUCUGAGUAUCAAGAAUUGCAGAAGUCCCCAGACAAAAUUCACAUGGCUCAGAAUGUUAAGGUUUUCCUUGAUGGCAGAGACUGCAUCACAGAAGUCCAGUACUUCACAAGACUCAUUGUCAGGGCACCAGGCAACCAUUCCAAUGAUGAUGAUGACAACAAUGAUGACCUUGAUGCCCCUGAUAAAUUAGAAUAUGACAACAUUGCUCUCAUCACUCUCUAUUCCAAUCCCCACCCUCACCUAUUCAAGCAAUCUUACAGGGUUGUCACUUCCUGUACCAAGCAGGGUGAGCCAAGUUUGCAAGUCAUUCUGGUUUCCUCCAUUCAAUCAGUUGUUGCAAUGGUGCUGCAUCAUCCCAUCAUACAAGGUAUGGUCAAGGAGAGGUAUUUCCUGGUGGAGAAGAUGGGUGUAGACAUUGCACAUCUCAGGGUCAAAGAAAAUGAGGAGGAUUGA